AAGAAGAAGAAGACGAAGAAGAGUCCGGCCUCUUCCUGUUGUGAACACGUCGCUUGGGUGGUGGCGUGUCUGACAGUUAUAAAUAAAUCAGAACAACUUAUUUUUCAUUUUUGAAAAACAUUUUUUGCACACAGUGUAUCGCUAAGAAUGAAGAAGUUUUUCGGCGACUUCAAGAAGGAUAUAAAAUUCAAGUCCGCAGGGCCAGGAAAGAAACUUACAGAUGACGGCAGCCCGAAACCUCAAGCCCCACAAGCUCCUCACGGAGCGCCCAGAAAAGCGGCCACUGAGGGCGCGCACAGAGCAGGGGCCGCGGCCCUCGCCAGGAUCGAGCAACAGCACCGGCCGAAGGUGCAAACGUCCCACGAUGCCAUAAGGAAUCAGGUGAAGCGAGAACUUGAAGCAGAGGCGGCUGCCACAGCGGCCAGUCUGAAGAACACUGAUGUCGAGGGGGCCUGUGUUCCACAAAAGGAUCCUUCUUGUUUCUCAGUGCCGGGAGUUUUCUUCAUCUGUCCUCUCACUGGAAAAACCUUAACAAAGACUGAAAAAGAGAUGCACAUAAAGGAAGCCAUUCUAAUGAGCUUCUCAGAGGAUGCGAUAGAGGCCUCCAUUAUGAUGAUUCACACCUUUAAUAAAGACAAAGAGAAAGUAAAGGCUGCCGUUGACGUCAUUAGCAAGUACAUCGAAAACAUCUGUAAGAAUCCGACUGAGGAAAAGUACAGGAAGAUCAAACUUAGCAACAAAGUGUUUCAGGAGAAGGUCAGUGGGAUUGAAGGAUCUCGCGAGUGUCUUCAGGCGUUGGGAUUUGAAAGCACCACAUUGCCGGUGGACAGCGAAGACAGGACUGAGGAGUUCCUGGUGUUGCCGGCGCAGGAAUCAGAGGCUCUGGAGCAGAUGAAGGCUCAUUUGGAGCGGCUGCAGAAGGGCGAGCCGGUCAGAGCCAAGCUGGACCGUCAGCCGCAGGUCUUCAGACCCCCACAGCACGCCACACACUUCCAGCUUCCUCCAGACUUCUACAACCUGACCGCGGAGGAACUGAAAAAAGAACAGCAACUGAAGAGUGAAGUCGUGGAGAGAAAUGCAAUGCUGCGAACGAAAGCCAUGCGUGAGAAAGAUGAGCAGAGGGAGAGAAGGAAGUACAACUAUGCGCUUCUGAGAGUGCGGUUACCGGAUGGAAAUAUACUCCAGGGCACUUUCCUGGCGUGGGAGAGGGUGGCAGCGUUGUACCAGUUUGUGCGUGAUUCUCUGGAGAACGGCUGGCAACCCUUUGAGCUGAUGGCACCCGGAGGACAAAAACUAAAGGAUGAUGAGGAAUUGGCUCUGAAUGAGUGCAACCUGGCCCCAGCAGCCGAGCUGACCUUUUCAUGGGACGCCGCAGUGCAGGCAGACAUCGCUGCCGCUGGAGGAAAGACCGCUGUUCUGCUUAAAGCCGCACUGUCAGAGAACAUCAAGACCCUGAGCUGAACGUUUAGUCUCCCCAGUCACUGCUGUCCCCGCCUGCACUCUCUCGCGAGUUUCUCUCCCAUCGUCCACCACCACAAUCCCAGUUUCACAGGAUGGGCCUGAUGCACUGAUUGUGUCCACAGCAUGUGCUAGGUGGAUUUAUAUGGUACUAAACACAGGAGUUUUUCCUGUCAGUGAUGUUAUGAGGAGCGUUAGCACCUUAUGGGCCAAUUUCUAAACAAUCUGUCAUAUUUUAUAAUGCAUUGUUGCUUGAGGUAACAUGACCAGUCAUUAUAUGAGGGAAGAUGCUCAGUUCGUUUGGAGAUGGUCUGUGAGAGGAUCUGUUGUAAUGUAAAGCUACUGCUGAAAGAGAGAAAUCUUGAUGUACCAUGAAAUCUCAUUGUGGCAACAGAAGCACUGAUCUAACAUGAGCUCUACCAAGUUCUGUCUUUUGUGGUAUUAAUGUUUUGUUUCCUGCUUAACAUAAAUUAAACUACGCAUGAAUGUUACAACGCAACUUAAAUUAGACGAAAAGCUCUGGUCUCCAACAACAAUAUACCUCCUAAUGCAGAUUUUCCAAUUUUUUUGCACUAAUUAUUUUGUCUACAAGGUGGCAACACUAACCCGGCCUAUUGCUUCAUAGUUCAAAAGAAACCCAUAAUACGGAACGUUUUGCAACUCUAAAGUAAGCCGUUUUCUGUGAAUGUGUGAAACUUCUGCUUUAUUUGCUUCGGUGUAAACCAGAAGAAUAAAGUGCAGUAAACGGUAAAACGAUUUGCGUUACAAACCAGUGUUUAUGGAUAAUAUUUAAAUAAUAUAAAACAUUAGUUUGGAAUAUUAAGCAGCAUAAUGCCACUUUUUGUACAGAUAAAAUAACUGGAAGUGAUCGACACUGGAAGCCUUGCAUAUUUACAAAUGGCCACGCACUCGCGUUAAAAAUAAGAUGGAUAACUUCUGGAGAGAAAUGGCACAGACACUAGAUAAGUUUUAAUCUUUCUAGUCUGUGUUCACACACACUAACAAAUGCUAAUAAAUGAAAUAUAGCUUGAAAGGCUGCGCGAUGGCGUCAACGGUCCACCUUAUUUUUAAACGCAAAAACCAUUUACUGUGAAUGUGCGACUUCCUCUUCAUUAGCCACUGUAGGUAAAUAACUUUUAAUACAGUGCAGUAAACU